CGAAUGGUAACACGUGACUUUGAAUUGCGAACCACAGCAAGAGUAACAGGUGCACUGUCUAGUCCAAAUAAAUAUGCAUUGACUUAUUAUUCUUCUUGAUGAUUCUCAUUUUAUACUCAGCAAUCAUUAUUUACAUUUAGUAUUUGACUUUCUAUUUUACGGUUCUUUCUAUAUUUGUUAAUAUUUUGUAAUACAUAAUGGCGAUCGAUAUUCCUGGAUUCGCUUACGCUGCUGCAGUAGGAGCCGGUGGGAUUAUGGGUUAUGUAAAAUCAAAUUCUAUUGCAUCGAUAACAGCCGGACUUUUGUUCAGUUCUAUUUUAGGAUACGGAGCAUAUCGUACUACUCAAGAUCCACAAAAUUAUGGAAUUGCCUUGGGAACUAAUCUGAUACUAAGUGGUAUGAUGGGAUAUCGUUUUUUAAAUACGGGUAAAGUAAUGCCUGCAGGAAUUAUUACUGUAAUUAGCACAUUCAUGGUAAUAAGGUAUUCAUCUAGAAUAUUUACAUCUUCAUCUAUAAAAGUCCAAUAGAGUAAUAAAUUUAAAAUGAUUUUAAAUAUAUAUUUA